AUGGCGCUCGACGAAUACUAUCACAACAAGAUCGAGGCGAUGAAGCUCGAGAUACUCAAGGGCCAGGCCGCCCUUCGACGUCUCGAAGCUCAGCGCAAUGACUACAACUCGCGCGUGCGCUUACUCAGAGAAGAGCUCGGCCUGCUGCAACAACCUGGAUCAUAUGUCGGCGAGGUUGUCAAAGUCAUGGGCACUAAGAAGGUCCUUGUCAAGGUUCACCCUGAAGGCAAAUACGUCGUUGACAUUUCUGACAAUGUCGACGUAUCCAAGCUCACCGCCGGCAAGCGCGUCACACUCCUCUCCGACAGCUACAAGCUCGAAAAGAUGCUGCCUUCUUCAGUCGAUCCCCUCGUCUCCCUCAUGAUGGUCGAAAAGGUCCCCGACAGCACAUACGACAUGAUUGGUGGUCUCGACCAACAAAUCAAAGAAAUCAAGGAAGUUAUCGAGCUGGGUCUUAAGCACCCCGAGCUGUUUGAGUCGCUCGGCAUCGCACAGCCCAAGGGUGUCCUGCUCUACGGUCCUCCUGGUACCGGCAAGACACUACUGGCGCGAGCUGUCGCUCACCACACGGCGUGCAAGUUUAUUCGUGUCUCCGGUUCCGAGCUUGUGCAAAAAUACAUUGGUGAAGGUAGCCGCAUGGUUCGUGAGCUCUUCAUCAUGGCGCGCGAGCAUGCGCCUUCCAUCAUCUUUAUGGAUGAAAUCGAUUCCAUCGGUUCCUCGCGUGUGGAAGGAUCAUCUGGUGGUGACUCUGAAGUCCAAAGAACAAUGUUGGAGCUUCUCAACCAGCUCGACGGUUUCGAGCCGACAAAGAACAUCAAAAUUAUCAUGGCCACUAACCGUCUCGACAUUCUCGACCCUGCUCUACUAAGACCCGGCCGUAUCGACCGCAAGAUCGAGUUCCCGCCCCCUAGCGUGGAGGCCCGAGCCGAUAUUUUGCGCAUUCACAGCCGUAAGAUGAAUCUGACGCGCGGUAUCAACCUGAACAAGAUUGCCGAGAAGAUGAACGGUUGCUCCGGUGCUGAGCUCAAGGGUGUGUGUACCGAGGCCGGCAUGUACGCUCUCCGCGAGCGCAGAGUACACGUCACGCAAGAGGACUUUGAGCUGGCCACGGCCAAGAUUCUCAACAAACACGAUGAUAAGGAGGUAUCACUCGGCAAGCUUUGGAAAUAA